UUCUACCUUGGUUGCUAUGUACAUAUAACCAUGGUUACCGCUUGCCCGGCAUUCUGCAUUAAACACUAAACUGUUGUUUCCCAUAAGGAAUGGUGAUUCUUGGUAACCUUCGUCGAAUUGCAAACAUCAGUUUAAAACAACCUAUGGCAGGCAAUGGACCAACAGCGUGCAACAUCAUCAUCCGAUCAUUCCGCAAGCAAUACAGGCCGUUACGAUGGUAAAUCGCUCAUAUCCAAGCCGAUCCGUAAUUCAUCCUGUACGAUUCCAAACGAACUCCUAGAAUUUGACUACUCGUACGGAUACGACUGCAAACGUUACUUUAAUCUGUGCAAAAUUGCUGAAAAUGUGCUGGUGUUUGCGUCGGGAAAUUUGAUUCACUUCUUCGACGUGACAACACGCACCGUCACGACACGUCGCAGCUCUACCGGUGGAGGAAUCGGUUGCAUUACGACAAACCCGAGUGAAGAAUUCGUACAUCUCACUGUCGGUGAGAAUGGAACCGAUCCACCCAUCAUCAUCUACCAGUAUCCUGAGAUGACCGUUGUUAAUCUGCUGACUGGUGGUACGACCAGUGGCUAUUCGCGCAUUGACUACACCGUAGACGGUAAGCUGCUCAUUUCCCAAGGCAUCGAACCGGACUAUAUGCUCACGGUUUGGAAUUGGAGCGAAGGGGAAAUCAUUCUGCGCUGCAAGUCCUUCUCUAACGAUGUGCUUAAUGUGAUGUUUUCACCAAGUGUUCCGGGACACAUUACAACAUGCGGUCUUGGACAUAUCAAAUUCUGGAAAAUGUCCAGCACGUUUACCGGAUUGAAGCUACAGGGAGAACUCGGUCGCUUCGGUAAAACGGAGAUAUCGGACAUUGUGGGUAUUUUACCGCUGCCCGAUGAGAAAGUCCUUUCCGGCUGUCAGUGGGGCAAUGUGCUGGUGUGGGAAGCAGGUUUGAUCAAGUUGGAGGUAUGCCGAAAGGCUCGCAAACCCUGCCAUGAUGGUCCGAUCACGCAAAUUCUUAUGCGCGAAGGUGAAGUCAUGACUGCCGGGUUGGAUGGUCGCAUAAGGAUUUGGUUCUGGGAAACGGUGGAGCUUGCCGAUCCGCCCGACGACGAUCGGUUUGUAGAGAUUGAACCGAUCAUGGAGUUUCGCAUCGGAGCGGAGCUUAUGUGUUUGGUCCGUCGGCAGGGGGACUUUCAGUGGUAUGCACAGGAUGGCAGUGGAGGGAUUUGGUUGUGUGAUCUAACUCCUGCCCACCAUACGGAACCACCGCAGCAGCUGUUUAAGUGUCACGCCGGCACAAUCGUAUCCGUACAAACCAGCCCUGUCUCUAGCCAUGUAGCGACGCUCGGUAUGGACGGGAUGCUAUGUGUGUACGAUUACGGAAAGCGGGAACUCCUGCUUAGCCAUCGAUUUCAGUGUCCAGGCCAAACGAUGAUCUGGCUACCGCCAACACUCGAUCCAACCGGUGCCAUUCUGGUGCUCGGCUUUGCUGAUGGGUUUCUUCGCACGGUCGCCGUUAAUCUGCACGAGGGACAUCUUUCGUACCCGGAGAAUCGAGUUAAUCUGAUACAGCUACUGAAACCACACUCGCAAUCGGUCACCGCCCUUGGACUGAACAUUCGUGAAACUAUUCUCGUAUCCGGCUCGGAGGACAAAACGAUCUUUGUGCAUCGGUGUGUGCAGGGGAAUCCUCACGUGACAUUAGAACCGAUCGGGUUGGUUUACACACCGUCCGCCGUUACCUCGUUAAGCUGGAAGCCUGAUACAUCCGCUACCGCUCUCGUUGGCUGUAGACAUGGUCAACUGCUCGAGGUGGAACUUCCGGAGACACCGGUUGAUUAUACGACCAUUUCCUACCAUUUACGGCACGUCGAGAUCAGACAACUUACGUUCCAGUCGGUAAAGUCGGAGAUUAAGCGUAAUCUGCGCGUUGCCGAGAUUGAGAAACGCAAGCAAGAGAAACGGGCCAAAAAGCAGCAAACAUUGGAGCGUCUUCGGAUCGAGAAUCCUAAAGCAGAGAUCAACGAAGAAGCCUUCCUGGCUGACUCGGAUGAAGAGGAAGAAUUGGAGCCGCUGUACAUUCCUAAAGUGCCCAAUCCCAUACUGUGGGCACGGUAUACAGAAGAAGAUACUCUGUGGCUGUCAAUGGGAGGUUAUGAUGCAGGUUACGUCUAUGAGUACGGCUUUGAUGAUGAGGAUCCCUUAUCGUGCACGCUUAUACCUGAUCUGGAAGAUGUCGAGAUGACGUGCUACCUGAGAGACACUAACUACACCAUUUUCGGUACCGGAGACGGAGCCAUAAGAGUUAAUCGAACGAAGCGUGAUUUCCGGGAUCUUAGCGAUUAUUGGACGCUGCCGAUGCACGACAAUCGAACGGGACGAAUUACAGGGCUUGCAUUUAGUCACGAUUUUUCACACAUCUUCAGCGUCGGUACGGAUGGGAAUCUGUUCGCGUAUCGCUGGUACGGUGAAGGUGAACCGUUUCAAACCGUGCCACCAAAGCCGCUAGAAAAAUCCGUCAAGCGUGUGUUCGACAUAGACGAACGGAAUUAUCCAUCGCUCGAAGAACAGAAGGCAAAACAGGAACGUGAUCGGUUGGCGAAAAUUGUGUCCGAUCGUAAGGAGGGCGUUUUGCAAACUGUGGCAGGUCAGCGCAAACGAUUUGCGGCACUGCUGGAGCGUAAUCGUGCUCUACCGGAAGCCUUCCGCAUUCCGGUGACGGAUUUUGUGCUAGACGAACGUAUAAUGGACGAUUUGCGCGAACAGCUGGAGGCCGAACUAGGUCUUGUCCAUCGUAAAAUGGCGUUCGAUGUGGAAAAGGUGCGUAUUGCGGCUGGUAAGCUGCAACGUUUCUUUCUGGAGCCACUUGAAAGCUAUCCAAUCGAGGUACUUGCAGUAAGGAGCGGACAGUCGGUGAAAAGUUUUCGUAUCGAAAAGCUUGACGAUGAUUAUUUUCAAACCGUUGAGCAGGUGGAGAAAUUGGUUGCAGAAGAAGCAGAACGUAGACGAAUUCCCGAAGCAUCUUCCACCAAACGGAAAGAUCGCCGAAAAGACUCCCAGCUGCAGCGUAAGGAAUCAUUCCUCGAAGGGUUAUCCCAAUCAACGAUCGAUUUUAAGCUUGAGAGCAAAAUGCGUCGGCUACUGUGCAAGUAUCGGGAGCGGAAGAACCAAGAAACGAUUCGCCAGCAAGAGUGGGAAGAACAUAAAGCCUCCAAACCUGACCCGAAUGCAAACGAUCCGGCAGAUGAUCAAGCCAUCAAAGAAGCGGCUGGAUCGAUCGGUGAUUAUAAUCUGAAAAGUGAUCCCGAUUAUGAGCCUUCCGAGGAACAGGUGGAAACCGCCACAGGGAAAUACCACGAACUAUUACGUGUACGGAAAGAGAUGUUCACUUUGCGCAAGGAGUAUAACGCGAGAGUGUUUGCCCUGCGUGAGAAGAAAGUCGAGUUGAUGCGAUACGUGGCUAAACAGAAAGCAAAACUGAAACAAAUUCAUGAGGAAAUUCCGGAGGAAAAAUGGAAACAAUUUCCUCAAGACGUAACGCUAAACCUGGCAAUAGAAUACGCGGAUGAUCAAUACAAAUUUGAGGAGGAUCGUCAAAAUUUCGAUGCUGAGAAUGAAAUGUCCUAUCAGCUUCUGCAAAGAACCGCACAAAGCCAAGACAUGAUACUGAAGGAAGUUCUUGGAUUAAUGCUUCCCAAAGAAGAGCAAGCCAAGCUGACAUUAAGCAAGCACGAACGAGAGCUGCGAGAAUUACGACUCAUCAGAAAACUGUUCAAACAGGACAAAAUCAUCGACAAGGCAACGAAACGUAUCGAACAGUUCGAUCGUGAGCUGGAAAACUUGGCCCAGGAGCGUUUGCAGGUAGAAACGGAUGCGAAAUUGUUGGAAAAUUUUCAGUUGACGCUUUACCAGGAACUGUGGAUAUUGAAAGACUUCAGCAAGAUCGAAACCGACGUGCUGAAGAGUGUGGAGCUGGUUACAAUCGAGCGGAACGAGUUACUGCAGGCAGUUCACGAUGCACGUAUCGCGAUCGAACAAAUAGAGCUGGAGAUGGAACAAAUACAGCGCGAACAGCGCUCCAAUCUGCAGCGCUUUAACUCUACCUGUCUGGACAAUGAGUUUUCCAAGGUGAUGAAACGCAUCUACAAGAAGAAGUUUAAGCCGUGCAAAAUUAACGACAAUGAUUCGGACUCAUCCUCCGAGUACUCGUCGGAAGAUAUAGACGGCUUGGAGAAUGCAAACGAGGGUGAGGUUAGUAAGGUAUUUCUCGAUCUAGGCCAAUGUCCAGCCGGAUGUGAUCCGGAAAUCUACAACCUUGCCAUCCAGCUGCGCAAUGAGAAGCUUGAGCUGCAACGCCGUCACUAUGCCGAAGAUCGCUCGCUGAAGGAGGUGCAUCGGCAGUUGGAAAACUUGAAGCCAAAUCUUGCCGAUGCAGAAACCCGGCUAAAGCAACGGAACGGUGAACUGCUGGAGCUUCGGCGCGAAAAGCAACGGCGUCUGAACGACAUCGAUACGCUAAUCAUUGUCAAAAUGGAUCAAAUGCAGUACUUUCGCAUCGAGACGGAGUUCCACGAUGUGGAGCACAGUCUGCUGUUCAAUCGGGAAACCUUACUGAAGCUUUACGCACGUGUCGAGCAACUGGCGGCGGAAACACUCGAAACCAAGCGUAAGCAUCGAGUGAAUGUGGUUCAUCUGGCACGCAUGAAGACGGACAUUAAGUUUAUGCGACAGCAGUUGGUGUCCCUGAAGGAGGAGAUCAACGAGACGAUGAUAAAGAAGUUUGGCCGUGUGAUCGAUUUGGACGAGCUGGAGGAAACGAUACUGCGUCAGUACACGUUCGAGAUGAGAGCCAAUCUGGACGAUGUGAAGAAAACCUACGAGGAACGUUCCCGUGAACUGAAGAAACUGUACGCCAGCAAGCAAGACGAGUUGAAGAAAGUCAUACAGGAAGGUACCGAAAAGCUGCACAUUCUUACCGUGCUGCAGGAGGAGUACAACAAUCUGGUCAAAUCUCUCGCACAUCAGAAGAUUCUGUUGGAGCGCCGUAACCAGCCGCCACCAACGUACUCGGAAGAUUUGAGCAAAUUGCGUGAAAUUGCAAAGAUCCAGAAGGAACAGAUUAACAUGCUGCAGCGCGAGAUCCGCACGCUCAGCAUGAAGUGCAAACCACUGUCAGCGGAGAGUCCGGACGUGGAGAUCACUAUACCGCCGCCGGUAUGCGGGAAACCUGCGCCGGUUGCAGACGAAUCGGUCUACAACGCCGUCAUGGAUUCGGCACCACCCAGCACCCGGGCUAGUUCGCCAGAUAACUUCCUCUACAACGAGAUCUCUAGCCUGAUCGACGAUUUUCUGGUGGAGCAGCUGGGUUCGCGUGUGCUGCAGUCUGACAUCAAGCGCGUGGUUAACCAUCUUGCCCACUAUCUGUCCAACAUCAUACACAACUUUGCACCGGAGCAUGCUUCCGAUCUGCUGCCGCACAUAAUCGAAAACUUCAAAUCAUUCAUCCCGGAGGAGCUGCUGAUAACCAUUCCACCGCAGGCUAUUGCCGAGUUGAUCGAGAGCAUCUUUCGCACAUUCAAGGAGGGUUACGAUAUCGACACGAAGGAAAUCUUGGGCGAGAUUGUUAGCAACAGUCUCGAGAUGAUCUUCCCAGCGUCCCAGAACUACUCGCACAACAUUCUGGUCGAUAUUAUGAAGCAGGUGUUGGCCACCUUGCACAUCGCGGACGUGAACCAUCCGGACACGAUCGCGUUCAUUGCGAACGGCAUACGCCACAAGCCCGGGAUUGAUCCAGACGGCGUCAACGUGGAGUUGAUGUGCGAGGAGAUCCUGCUGUACGCACAGGAGAACACGGUUGAUGAGAUCGGUCUGGAUUUGGUGCGGGGUGUUAUCGAUGGCAUUCUGCAGUGCGUUCGAGAGCAAUAAGCACUAUUGGGAAGAGGUGCGGGGGAGGUCGGAGGAACUAAAGCGAGAUGUAAAGAUUGUAGAUCGAUCAGCUGUACGCAACGUGUGCGAUGGUACGCAAAAUGUCAAGACACGUUUAUCGGUACCCAUUUACAAGGAAUUCAAUAUAUAUCGUGUGCGUGUUGAUGGGUGUGUUGACUGUGUGCGCUAGUUUUCGGCACGUCAUCACGACAAAAACAAGACCCCACAACAGGUAACGGGCCCUUAGCGACAGCUACAUAACGGGGGCCUGCACAUGAAUGUCAUGCGUCCGUGGCGUGCGCCCACGAGAAUGACGGCAACGACGACGAGCUCGGUGGUGGUGAUGUUAUCUAUCUGUUUUCCACCGACAAUGGAACCAGCUGCAACAGAUGCGUACGCCGUUAUCAUGGUGGUGGAAGUAAACAACACUUUUGCUAAA